UUUUGCUGAACGGUCGCGUCAAGCAACACGGUUCGGGCUCUCUCGACUAGUCGCGUGUAAAAUUUUUGUGAAUGGUAGCUUCUGCCUUUGAUGGUAGCCUUCAAGCAGCAGCAGUAGGAGGUGGUGAAGUUGGGUGCUUUUUGGGAUAGUUUUUUUUCUGGCUCUAGAGUGUCACCGAAAGGUGUGUUUGACAUAUUUAGCUGUUCUCCUCCUGGAGUGAAGCAUCACUCUAGUUUUCCUUCCUAGGGGUUUCAAUCUUCUUCAGCACUUUUGGAGAAGUGCAUUGCGGAUUUUCCGUGCAGUGCGUGACGUUUGCGGUUGCCAGACCAGUGCUUUUCCCGGAGAGAAUCGUCGUCGCCGUGAAGUGUGAUAAGCGAAAUUCGGGCAGUGGAGUGCUGGGAAAAAUCGAUUGUCAGUGUGGCGAUUUUUGCAAAGGAAAUUAGGCUCCGGGAAGCAAUUUCCAUAUUGAGAAAUUAGGUUCUAGUGAAAGUGGUUUGGUUUUGGCGUAUUUCGUGAUUAGAGCACCAAUCCUCUUACACGGGAACACAGGAAAACGCCUUCGCAUCAAGCAAAAAGGUGCGUGCGUGCGCCUCGGAGUGUGAGUUGUAUGUGCUUUUUUUUGUUCCCGAUCAGCGGAUAUCAAAAGGGAAAUUAUCUUCCGCCUCGCGUUUAACGCCAAACAAGUGCGUACGUGAGAAGAGUUGAAAGAAACCAGCAAAGCCAGCCCGUUCCAAAAAAGGGAAGGUGAGGUGUUUUUAUUUCGCUGCAGCAAAUUCAGUGUCGUCGACAAACGACUCAGGGGCUAGCUCAGAAGUGGCGGCUUCGCUAAUAAAUGGCUGCACUUUUUUGUGGAGUAAUCAGAGUCGUUCGCCUUGGAUGUUUGCCGCUUAGCACGACGACUUCGCCGCUUCGCUUUGGGAUGCUGCUGACUGAAACCAGUUGUUGUCGUUGAAUAUCUGAUAGCCGGACUACCGGACAGCUCAACAGAGCCCACCGAAAAUAGAAGUAAACACCUUACGGAAAGUGUUUAACCCAACCCCGGAGAGAGAUAGGAGAGAACCUCUAUCCUGAGGAGGAAUCUGCACGGCAGGGGGCAGAAACAGCGCUCGAACGGACAGAGUUUCAAGGAAAUAUGAAGAUCAACGCAAGCUCCAAGAUGGCUACUCCAAUAGAAGAAAAGGUUGAUCAAAACUUAAAGACUCGCACUGGAAUGGUGAUGAUAAGCGAUGGCAAAAGUAAGCCGGAGCUAGCACGGAUACACCUUUCCAUGGAGAUGAUCACCAUCCAGAAACAGGACACUUCGACGCCCGCCCCGACGCCCACAAACCCUAGUCAUCCACCUAUCGAAUCCAAGGAACGAAUGGUGCAAAUCACCCGCCAAAAAGUGGGUGGACUAGGGUUGAGCAUAAAGGGCGGCGCCGAGCACAAGCUACCGAUUCUGAUAUCCCGCAUCUACAAGGACCAGGCGGCGGAUGCAACAGGUCAGCUGUUUGUGGGUGAUGCUAUCAUCAAGGUCAAUGGCGAAUACAUAACGGCCUGUCCUCAUGACGAUGCCGUAAAUAUCCUCCGGAAUGCCGGCGAAAUUGUGGUCCUGACGGUGAAACAUUACCGGGCAGCAACGCCCUUCCUACAGAAGCAAUUAAGCCGUGAGACACCUGAGUCGGACAACGAUGCCACCUGUGCCGAGCUGAAGGCGGACGAGGUGUGGAAAUCGGCCAACAACAGCCGACCGGUUUCAAUCAGCUCAGAACCAGAAAACCGAUGGAUCGAUUUAGUGUCGGUGCCACUGAUGAUGGCCUACGUGACUCGCUACAUCUACGGCACCGACAAGCUGCGGCCGAAUGCGUUCGAAGUGCGAGGCCUGAACGGAACCACUACCGGCAUAAUCCACUGCGACGACCUGGCCAUCCUGAGCCAGUGGCUGAAAUACAUCACCGAUAACAUCGUUGGACUGACUAGCCUACAGAUGAAGCUGUACAAUCGGAACUUCCCGGUGGGCGAACGGAUCGAGUACAUGGGCUGGGUCAAUGAAGGCGUCAUCAACAAUCACAUCUCGUGGCAGAGCUACAAACCGCGUUUCCUGGUGCUGAAAGGCACCGAAGUGAUGCUGUUCGAUGCUCCCCCGCUGAAUGUGGCCGGUCUCCAGAAGGCAACCGUCGCCUAUAAGGUGUAUCAGACCAUGUUCCGAGUGGUGAAGGAAUCGGAAACGGUCGACUCCCGGCAACAUUGCUUCCUGCUCCAGAGCUCCGGACACGAGCCUCGAUAUCUCAGCGUGGAAACGCGACAGGAGCUCCUGCGAAUAGAGAACAGCUGGAAUGCUGCCAUUGUCACUAGUGUAAUUAAAUUAGGGCGCAAAACCUUUGCCGUGUCCCACCACGGAAAAACCGGGGGCCUGACGCUGGACUGGCAGGCCGGAUUCUCGCUAACGGAAGGGGCGGAAGCAAAUGUCGUGUGGCAGUACAAGUUCUCUCAACUGCGCGGUUCCUCUGACGAUGGAAAAUCCAAGCUCAAACUACACUUCCAGGACCACGAAACACGCUCCAUCGAAACCAAGGAGCUCGAAUGCCAAGUUCUGCAAAGUUUGCUCUUUUGCAUGCAUGCGUUUUUAACGGCUAAAGUAGCUUCGGUUGAUCCUGCGUUUUUGAGUUCGAUUCAGCAGGCUUGAAUUUGCGCUGACGACGACGCUGCUGCUGCUGCUGCUGGCCGCCGACGCCGACGCCUCCAAACAGAAGACGCACAUAGACGCGUAGAAGACGUUUAUGAAGAUGAAGAUGACGGUGAUGAUGCAGGGAGCGUACUUCAGGUUAUCAUACUUGAGUAAUCGUAAGCAAUCGAGUGUACUAAACUAGUUAAUUCGAUAUAGUAGGCAAGUGAAAGCAGGAGUGAAACAAUCAAACUUUAUUAAUGAAGAAGAUCUCGCUCUUAGUAGAUGGUGUUUCCGGUAAAUGUUGAUUUACACAGAUACAACAUUUUUAGGUUUACAGUACACGUCAAGGGGUUCAAUUGAAGAGUGAAGUAUUAUACCUAUCUCGCAGAUAAGGUAAGAACCUUUUUUAAUAAAUUCAGUUUUUUUUGCAUUUCAAGUUAUACUUUUCCAUCUUUUUUAAUAGUCACAACAAAAUUCGGUUGUAUUAUUGCAUUAUUGUAUUAUUAUUGAAACUUUCUUGAGAAAUAAUUUGACAAAUGAAUUAUCAGGAAUUCUAAACAUAUAACAUAACAUUUAAUAAUGGAAAACUGGUUAAAAAAUAUUGGAGAGUCAAGGUCGAGACACAGCAAUAUAUACAUUUGUUUCCGCUUCACGGUAUUUGAUUAAUUCCAAGGUGAACAAACACGCCUUACGAUAUUGCUGUUGUUCCAGCUUUCUCACGCAGUUUCAAUGGGUGGACUGGUAAUGUAACUUUGUGGAUUUUGCGCAUGACAUUUUUGACGGACGCUAUGAGAGAAGCUCGUGCUGCAUUUCCUUUCCCGAACAUUGUUCCUUUAUGUAAAUGAAAAUCCGUGGAAGCACAUGUAAAACCAGUAUAACUGCAAUUUUGAAAAUAGCCAUUGACCAGUCAGAUACUGAAUUUAAACAUUUCAGUAUCUACAUUUCAAUAUCUACGUCCUCAUAUGGAUUGUUCUCCUAUGCAUUUCUACUAAAUUUUACCUCAUUCGAGAAAGUUUCUUUCCUGCGUAAUACUUUUCACGCAGAAUUACGUAUUAAGGCAACACUAUAGACUGUUCCAAAAAUUAUAAAUACACUUUCUUUCUUAAACAAACGAAACAAUGAUUUAAAAAAAACAUUUUUAUUUUCAAACAUGCUGCUGAAUAGUAUUUUCAUUCAAUUUAUAAUUCAUUCAGCAUUAGUUUUUGUAGGGUGGCGAGAUUACUUACCUCUUUUAACACUACUCAUCAGCUUUUGAACAGUGCUUUCUCGGACUAUGUUUACCGCUUCAAGCCUAUCUUGCUUGAAUUUUUCAACACUAUUCGCUGGUUUCAUGUGUUUCUCCAGAUUUGCCUUCGUCAAAGCCAAAAAAUUUCGAUUGGACGAAUCUCUGCACAGUUUGGUGGGUUCAUGUCUUUCGGUUAGCAUGUGACCUUGUUGUUGACUUCAUACCACUUUGCAUCCUCAGAGUAGUGGCACGAAGCGUGAUCAGGACUAAUUCUUGCACGUAAAUUUCACUGUGAUUAUGAGUGGACGAGACAUUUAAUCGCAUUCACAUACGACUUGCCACACCAAAAGCACUGAAAAAAUAUCGAGACUCAAUUUUUAAUCAGCAAUCUGGCUGAAAAAAAGGCUCCAAAAUUCACUAAUUCUCGUGUCUUCAGCCUUUAAUUACCUUGAAUUGGGGAGGUAUUCAGCAAACGUCAACUUAAAAAAAACAAAAAAAAAUUACCAAUACUAUCCGAUGUUUGGAACCCAUUUUUAUCCUUCUGUGAUGUUUUUUUUUGUUGAAAAUGCCCUGAACUUUAAACCUCUGGCCUGUUGGUCGCAUUCCGCAGUACGCAGACACAAUCAUAAGUCGGCGAUGCGAUGAAAAAUUUGUGGCGACGAAAAUGUCUCUCAACUGAAGAUUUACUUCAUGUAAAGUGUAGGAGAAAUGAUUUUUUUUCCAAUUUUGAGCACCAAAAACCCAAUUCAUGAGAAAAUCCACUCUUGAUGACAUCAAAUAAGGACAUCAAAAAUUUUUCUUUCACUUCAAUCUAGCCGCCAUCAUGCAUGGCAGCUUUACCACAGUUCAUGGUCUGUCAAAUUCCAAUGGUAGCAAAUGGUUGAUCAAAGGCUGAAAAAAUGUGAUAGAAACAAUUCUUCAACUUCUCCCGUUGGCUGCACUAAGACUUCUUUAAACGUUGAAACAUGGUUUCAGUUUGUCUUUAUUCAGCCAGCAAGCUGAAACAGCAAUUACGCUUUAGCUCAGCUUUUUUUCAACAAAUUACCGUUUUUAAGAAGCUAAAAUGUUUGUUGCGGAACCUUACUUUGCAAAUUUUUCAAAAUAAUUGGCUUUCACUGAUGCAGGAACAUCCUUUCCCUUCGGUGAGGUGUAAAAUUGUAGUUCAGGCAGUAUCUCAAGUAACACCGAUUGUUUUGUAAGCCUAUUAAAGCCUCUUAUGAAACCUAAACUUGGUCUAGAAGCCUGCUAGAAAACAUCAAAUGUUACUUGGGUAUAGUCGAGUUUAAUGUGGGUUUCAUCAUCCAUGAUAACACAACCAAAAUUCUUGGUCAGAAGUUUAUCGUAGAGUUUCCGAGCCCUCGAUUUCACGCAUUCAGCCUUUUUGGUACUCCUUUUUGUCUGCUUCUGCUUCCGAUGGUCUGAAGAUCAAUUUUCUCUUUAGCAUGCAUAACCAGGCUUCGUACGGAUCGUGAGGCGAAACUCAUGAGAGACCACUCGCAACUCAUGAGUCCAGUACCACUCAUAACCAGUAAACAUGAAUCGGCAGAGAGGUAACUCAAAUCGACAGAGGGAUCGUAACGAUCUCUCUUGCGAUUUUGCUUCAUCUAAUCUGCAGAGACUAACACACCAUUCGCGUGCCUUUAGUGAGUGCUAUGAAAUAAUCUAAGACACGCCCUCCAGAGAAACACACGAAAACAAUCCGAAUCGUGUUUGUAUGUUUCCCUUCGAGAAGCGUGUUUGCCUGCCUGAGAAGUCGACUGCUACGACUACACCGUACGAGUGUACGAUUCAAACUGAUUUCGCAUGUACACAUUCGUAUUCGUUGCCUCUAGGUAUCUCGGCAGGACAAACCGAAUGGAAAUAUUUGCAUUCUUGGAGUGUCGCCGAAAUAAACCGUUUUAUUCUAAGUUAAUGGACUCAACUCUCAAUUUUUUGCAUGCUCUGUCGAUUUUUGAGAGGACGCGCUUACUGGGUAGGGGCCCCAAGUAACACCGAUAGUUUUAUUUGACUCCUCAACUCCCUUUUAAAUCAAAACUUGAUCUAGUAGCCUGCUAUAAAACAUUAAAUGUUACUUGGGGCGGAACACCCAACCCAAACUCCUUAAUUAGAGGCAACGAAUACGAAUGCGUACAUGCGAAAUCGGUUUGAAUCGUACACUCGUACGAUGUGCUCGCAUUUUAUCUCCGUUUUUUUUUUUAAUGCGUUCUUUCAAUCGUAGCAGUCGACUUCUCAGGCAGGCAAACACGCGUCUCGAAGGGAAACAUACAAACACGAUUCGGAUUGUUUUCGUGUGUUUCUCUGGAGGGCGUGUCUUAGAUUAUCUCGUGGCACUCACUCAAGGCACGCGUAUGGUGUGUUCCUCUCUGCCGAUAAGAUGAUGCAAAAUCGCAAGAGAGAUCGUUACGAUCCCUCUGUCGAUUUGAGUUACCUCUCUGCCGAUUCAUGUUUACUGGUUACAGUUAAUCGUUUGCCUUGCCGAGUGCUCUUGAUCCACCGUAGAGUUAACCCCUUUGGCAGCUGAAAGCUGCAGAUAAGAGCCCAACAGUUCUCGGACAAGACAAGAAACUUCAUUGGUAUAGCAAACCGACCAUAUACAUUUUGUAGAUUGGCCCAAAAUACUGACCUGUGCAAAAUUUAAGCUCAAUUGAACUAAAUUUGAGGUUCCCUUAAAAUGCUCAAAGUUUCGGUUUUUUUUAUUCUCAAAAAUCACCUCAGAGAGGACCAAAGUAAAUCGAAAUUUAAAAUUUUUAGCCAAAGAACUUAAACUGCAUAAAACUGGUGUUAACUCAAAAAAUUGACUUCUACUUUGACGUCGUGAUAUGUUGUUUACUAAAAAAAAAAUGGUAAAACAUCGAUUUUUUGGCCGAAACUUUUUGUUUACAGCUAACAACAGAUUUUCGACGUUUCAUGCAUUUUUGAUCAUUUGGCAUCAAAAUUAAAAUUUCGAACCAAAUUCUUCGAGUCAAGCUAAAUAUGAGUGAAUAUUUCGAGAAAUAAAAGUUUUCUAAGUUUUUUCCGGGUUUUGUCCAAGUUUGUUUGAAAAUUGCCCAGAUUUUGGGAUGCAAACUUUGAAACCAAGUGCCCGUAUUUUACAAGGUUCUUUAUUUACUGAAGAGAAUUCAUCAAUAAGGGAUUCGUUUUAGUUGAUUGCAUCAUAGUUUGCAGAUCACUUAUUUUUUAAAUUGAUUCCUCAUUCUUGCUUUCAAUUAAAACAUGACUUUUUUAUUAUUUUUUGUCACUUUCUAAUGAUUGAACCCCCUGACUGGAUCCAUCACUCUUGAUAUAUCAAAGAGACGUAUUUCAAUACAAAACACAAAUUAAACCAUCACCGAAUCUCGAUUAUGUAGUAAGGUGUCUAGCUCUCUAGGGCAAGCAAGGAUAAAUUGUGUAAACUUUAAAAGAAACCAACUAAACUCGACUGAUUUCCGCAAGACAAAAAAGGCUCUUGUGUGAUUAAAUUUUACAACAACGGACUCUAUAUAUACCUACCCAAGCAGCAAAUAUCCAAUUGCAUAGAGUAGCAAACUAUUAACAGAUUCUUUUUUUUUUAUUUAAUUUGCUAAAGUAUAGGAUUUUAACAAUUGGACUAAUUCGAAAGACCCUAUUAAUGGACACUACCCUACUCUAUAAUAAAAGGUGCUAAAUCCGGAAACAGUAAAGAAUAGGAAAAAAAACUAAGAAAACAACUUGUAAUCGUCCCCAUCCACGUGUGUGCUACUGGAAAGUCUCUAAUCCAAGGAUAAAAAGUGUUAAACUAAGGAAAAUGAAGAAGAAAAAAACGAUUAACUAAAAAGUAAAAAAAAGGUUCUAUCAAAUCACGCAACUGCGUGCUAGUUUGGGUAGCUUCUUUGAAUGAGGGUGCAAAUAAUUAAAUAGGGUACUCGGAAAUGGAAUCAAUUACAAACAUGCGUGAUGCUAAGCCAAAGGCAUUUGAAACAGAGAAAAGAAAAAAAAACAUAACUGUAAAACCAUUUGACUGGUGAACCAUUAAAAAGUAUACACUGUAUAUCUAGUGAGUAAAGUUUUAAAGUAAGUCGCAUAUCUAGAGGAUAACAGCAGUAUUGGUUUUUGUUUAGAUGACAAGAGAACAAUGUUAAGGUUAUAAUCCCUAAUACAAAAAUUUGAACAUGAAAUGUGAGGUUUCCUGAAAUUAUGAUUAAGGUUAUUAAAGCAUCACAAGAAGCAUCUGUUAGAAAGGCCCUUAGUUAGCUAGAAGAAUUGCUGUUGAAUCUUUAAGGCUUAAUUCUUGGUUUUUGAUGAUUUUGAGGUCAUUAAGAUUUAUUGACUUUUUAUAUUUCCUUUAUGAAGAUUUACAAUGUAUUUUGAAAGUCUAGUGUUGAGAAUUUUUUUUUUCCACUUUCAAAACUGAUUUGGUCAGAAAUCCAUGAAAAUAGUUUGAGAAAACUUAUUUUGAGAGUAAAAUAAAUAAAUGUGAAAUCUUAAACAGCAAACCCAAGUAACAAUUUAAGCUUUAUUAUGGUCAGCAAAAUGUCGUUUGGACCAUAGCAUUAAUCUUCAUAAAAAGCUAAAGUACAUUCUAUAACAUCACCUGGGCUCUAAUAAAGCCAAAAUUAGGCUAUUUGGCCCUAUCCUAGGAACGUCAUCAUGACCAAUCAUUGUUAGUCAUCAAUAUUGGUCACCAAAGCUUUUAAAAAGCUAUUAUAAAACAUGUUAGAAAUUUUUGUUUUUUUCGGUUCUGUCAGUUCUCGGAGUUUUUUUUUUUGUUUUUUCCAGCAACCGUAAUGGUUGAUGAAUGAUGAUUGCAUUAUUCAGAUAUGAAUCUGGUAAAAUUAAUAGCUAAAAAACCAAUGUUUUACCCAUAUAAUGAGCGUCUUUUCUACUGCCAGUCAAGAUUUUAGGUAAAAUGUAUAUGAAAUAGUAUCUUAAAAUAAAUGCGCCUCGUCAAAUCUGAUGGUCAAUCAUGAUGGGAUUGAUGGAAAAAAGGCCUGAAAAAAUAUUUUCCAAUGCUGGCAUUGUGAAUCCAUCAACAUGGCGUCAUUUUGUACCCUUCGAUUUUGCAACCAACAUGGCGUGAGUCAAUUCAUAGUUUUAUUAUGGUUUAAUGAUGACCCCAAAAAAAGCUACGAUUUGACGUUUCUCUCGCAAGCAAACCAAUUACACGCUAAGGUUGAGUUCCUCAUUUCUGAGUUGGUAAUCAUUAGUACAGUAAAUGAGGACAGACUUUUUGAAUGAAAAGGGAUUGGUUUUCAAUGACCCGUGGAAUAAAUCAUGAGUUGAAGUCAAAUUUCGUUGUCUGACGCCAUCUUGAAAUCCAAGAUGGCGGCUUCCGCUGAACUUUAAAAUGGUGUAAAUGACUUGAAAUCGCAUGAAACCCCAACAAAAUGGGUAUCGGGUGAAAGUGCUAAACGAGUAGAAGUCGAAUUUCGCUAUCCGACGCCAUCUUGAAAUCCAAGAUGGCGGCAUCCGCUCAACUUUUAAUGCUUAAUGCUGACAAAAAGCCGCAUUAAACCACCACUAUACGAGUAUUGAAUGAAAAGGCUAAGCUAGAAGAUGUCGAUUUUUUUCUUUCCGACGCCAUCUUGAAAUCCAUGAUGGCAGCUUCCACUGAAUUUAAAAUGCUGUUAAUCAAUGAAAAUCGCUUGAACACAACUUUUUUUCACGUAAUACUACAUUAAAACUACUAUUUUAAAACAAUUUAGAUCAUUUUAAAUCAUUUUUAUUAUUUUUUCAUUAUGUUUCUAAUGCAUUUAGAACUUUUCUUGUUUUGUUUAUAGUUUUUGAUUUUUUUUGCCAUUUAUGUAAUUCUUUUAUUCCUAUCAUGCUAUUAUGUCUAUAUUGUAUUGGUCUUAUUCUAGCGAAAACUAUAAGGUUAUGUUGUUUCUGUCAACCGUCUGAUUUUGGCACAUGUGCCAAAUUCGAUGUUUCCAAAAUCGAAUGUUGCCAAAAACGAACGGGGUCUGUAUUAUGGUAGUUUUUGUGGGAUUUUCAGUCACUUACAGAUUUUUAGAGAAACGCGAAAAAAGAUAUUUGACUUCUAUCAUUUAGCCUUAGCACCCAAUACAAUAUAUUUGGGAGUUUCAUGCUAUUUUCAUUCAUUUACAGUAUUUUUAAGUUCAGCUGAAGCCACCAUCCUGGAUUUCAAGAUUGCGUCAGAAUGCAAAAAUAAACUUUUUAUAGCUUAUCCCAAUUGACAAAUAUCCAUAUUUUGGAGGUUUCAUGCGAUAUUCAAUGAUUUAGAGCAUUUUUUAAGUUUAUAGAAAGCUGCCAUCUUGGAUUUCAAGAUGGCGUAAGAUAGCAAUAUUCGACUUCUACUCGUAAACCCCUUCACCCACUACCAAUUUGGGUUUCAUGUCAUUUUAAGUCAUUCACUACAUUUUAAAGUUUAGCGGAAGCCGCCAUCUUGGAUUUCAAGAUGGCGUAAGAUAGCGUAAUUCAACUUCUACCGAUUGAUUUCUUUUAACUUAUACCCCUAUAAUAUAGGUUUUAUGCGAUUUUCAGUCAUUUACAGUAUUUUUAAGUUGAGUGGUAGCCGCCAUCUUGGAUUUAAGAUGGCGACGGGCAACGAAAUUUGACUUCUACUCGUUUAUUACUUUCACCUUAUAACCAUAUUGUGAAGGUUUCACGAUAUUUUCAGUAAUUUUCAGCUUUGAAAAUAAAAGAGGAAGCCGCCAUCUUGAAUUAAUGAUGGCGUCAAGCUUUUUUUUCCUACUAUUUGGGCCCUUUCACUCAAUACUCAUAUUGUAAAGAUAUUCAUACCACUUUCGGUGAUUUCAAGUUUUCAAAGAUGUAUUUUUUCAAUUUAAACUCAAAACCAACACGCAUAACUUACCAAAAAUGUGUAAAAAUGGGAGUUCCAAUUCAAAUUUGUGCUAUCUAAUCUGAGCGUGUCCUGUUUUGACAUUUUGAUCGAGAACUGUCACUAAGUUUUAUGGCGGUUUAAUAAUCAGGCACUGAGUGCUAUUAUAGAACAUGCAAAAGAAAGCUUGGAGCAAACUUCUAAGUUUGUGUUUUAUUAUAGUUUUAAAAAAGCAUUCAUAACUCUUUCAAAAUAACUAAAACAGUAUGUUUAAUAAAAGUUUUAUUAGCGUUUUCAAAACCAUCUGCAAACAUAUGGUCGAAAAAAAAUAUAAGCAUUCUGCAUGACCAUAAUAAAACCGUUAUAAAACGAGCUGCACAAAAAAAUGCCAUAAUUAAACCAUAAUAAAACUUCCUAAUGCUAGUUGGCAUAAUCUGUGUUACUUGGGAAGGCAUAUUGAGUGUUAGAAGAGAAGUUCUGUAGCAAAAAUAAACCCACCAGAUGAAAACCGUUUUAAAUUCAAUAGUGAGUAGAUAGUAUCAAUUUCGAAUGAGGAGAAAAAGAAGAUACAAUCAAAAUAGAAUCAUUCGUUCAUAUUCAUCCACGUUCAAAGAGGUUUGAAGGUGUAAAGGCAAAAAAUCUUCUAAGAGAAUUCCAAUGGGCACAAACUAGAUAAAACUAAGUCAAAUUAACAAAUCUUCAACCGAAUGCUUGAGUACUGAAUAUUCCAUAGUUGAAAGAGAAAAAUUAAAAGGAAACUAGUCUUCUUUAAUACCCAAAUAAUAAAUGGCGCCAACUGAAACGCUUGCACGAAACAUAUACGCAAAUUAAACUUAAAAAUUCCUUAAAACCGCAGAGAGAAUUGCUUCCGCUACUUUGAAUCUUGAUUUUCCAUAUUCGUAGGAAUUAAGUUGUUUGGGCUUAGAAAGUCGUAGAAACUCUACCUAAAGUCACCCCAAUCAACCAUGUCAAGACCCCGAUUCCAUGCUUCCACUAAUCCGUUUUCGAUGGAUUUCUUUUUCUAGAUCUAGAACCCAAUUUUUCACAGCACAGAUUAGAGAGCACAACAUUUAUCCAGAUUACACCUCCAACAGCCUUCAACUACAACAACAUCAACCACAUUACAACCCCCAAUCAACCACCACAACGACAGGUAAAAUCCUCUUAACCCCUACCGGUCAAACCAAAAAAAAAAAUUCUUUCGGGACCACCAGCACCGAAGUAUUGUAAUCCAUUGAUGAAAAAAGAGAACAGUUAUAUGUAUAAUCAAAAUUAAAGCAUAAUGGAAGAAAUUGUAGGAAACGUCUUAUUUUGAAAUAGAGAACGAAAAUGUAAACGGAAUAGUUAAAACUUUAAAAUGUAUCACAACACAAACGUAAAUCUAGUGAUUUUGAAUUGCAAUUAAGGAAAUGUCUGUUCAGAGCUGAAAUAAAUUUCAAAUCUAAAAAAAGUUACCUUUAAAGCACGCGAUUAUUGUAAGAGGUUGAUGAUUAUUUUCAUAUUGUUCAAGUUUUGAAUCUAAUAUCGUUGUAUGUUUAUUCUAUAAAAAAAAAAGCAAAACGGAAACCAAUAUGAGUUGAGCAGCAGCUUUUGUGCGCUUGAUAUUUUAAACUGUGAGCAAAAAAAGGAAAAGGUUCUAUUAUUCUAAAUCAAACAAAGGAAAAAUAAGCACGAUGAAACUUUAUUUUCUCGUCUACUUUUAAAGCUAUAGGAAAGUGAUCGGACAACGUUUAAGUAAUAAAACAUUAAUACACUCACACAGAGAUAUAUUAUAUAGUGAUUAUAUUUAUUGCAAUUGCGCUAUAUUUACACAUACACACACUCGUACAACACUGUAUUAUCAAGAUAUAAUUAUUCUCUAGUGCACCGCCAGCGAUAUUUACUAAAUGUGUCGAAACUUGUCAUUUUUACAUCUCUUAACUAGGAACUUAUCAACGCAACAGAAUACAAUUAACAAAAAAUAAAUAAACCAAGACAAACUGUGGAGUCGGUCUCGUAUUGCAGCAAACGUCUAAAUAUCGGAACCACUAGCAAUGAAAAAACUGACAUGAUAUGAGUAGUAAAAAUUUAAAAAAAAAACUAAAAAGAAUUCGAAACGAAAAAAACUAACAGGCAGAAGGUUUUGGAAGUGACUAACAAAAACAAGUAAAUUUUACCGCUCAAAAAAUAUAGCGACUAAAAAAGACAGAUCAAUGAUCGAUCGAAAAAAGAGCACGUGGUUGAAUAAAUCAAAAUUUACCAAAUAUUAUUUUAGGAAACUUUAAAUUUAGCAAAACUAGACACUUAACAACUAAAAGUUAUGUAACCGAUUCGAAGCAAGCAAAAGCUACAACUAAGAGAAACUCACACACAGAUGUAUUGGUCCCCUUACAUUGUAAUAAGAAGUAUCAAACCAAACCAAACGAUGUGUGUGCAGCAACAGGUUGUUGAACUUAAGGACCCUCUUACUUCCCCAAUUUUGCGCCCUACCCCGUCCCUAUCCCUUUUUUCGGAUUGGCUAAGUGUACAGUAUUAUUAAUUAGUUACUAGAAACGGAAAAGAUAUGAACAAAUGAAACAAACAAACAAAACUCCUAAGUUUUCGAUACGUCAAUAAACUUACCACUUUAUCCAA